AGAGAGAGAGAGAGAGAGAGGGGAGACAGACCCUGCUGUAACAAUGUUGUCAGAUUUGGACCUAAUCGGUACCAUCCAAGAAGAUGAUGAAGUCCCCGAGGAACCAGAGUCUGAGGAGGAGGAAGAGGAGAAAAUCAUUCUAAACAAGAAGAAGCAGAAACAAGCUGGGCGCAAGGGUGAUUUUAACACAGAGUUCAUGUUUGGUGAGCGGGAUUUUCAGGCCGAUGACAGUUGGGUGAUGGAUGAUGUGAUGAAGCAGCUGAAGAAGAGAGUGGCCACCAGCCUAGAUGAUAAAAUCGAGACUGUGAGAAAGAGAAGGAAAAUUCAGGAACGGGCAGAAAAAGAAUCUAAGCAAGCAGAGAAGGAAGAUGAUGUGAAAAGCGAAGAAGAGGAGGAGGAGGAGGAGGAGGAGGAGAAAGACGAGGAGAAUGUUGAAGAUGGUGGAGAGAGUGAAGAAAGCGAUGAAGAGUUUUCAUCUGGGGAAGAAAAAGUGCUAACGAAAGCAGACACAUUAAGAGUUAAAGAGAAGAAAAGAAAGAAAAGAGCCCCGCUCUCUGGAUUUUUUGAGGAUGCUUCUCAGUUUGAUGAGAGUCUAACAUUUCAGGAUAUGAAUCUUUCUAGACCCCUCCUUAAGGCAAUCUCUGCUAUGAGUUUUCAACAGCCAACACCUAUUCAGAAAGCUUGUAUUCCUGUAGGAUUGUUGGGGAAAGACAUAUGUGCGUGUGCUGCUACGGGAACUGGGAAAACCGCGGCGUUUAUGCUUCCUGUCCUUGAGCGUCUUAUCUACAAGCCACGUGAGGCUCCAGUGACCCGUGUCUUGGUUCUGGUUCCGACACGUGAGCUGGGUAUCCAGGUGCACGCAGUCACUAGACAGCUGGCCCAGUUCACAGAAAUCACAACUUGCCUGACCGUGGGUGGUUUGGAUGUUAAAUCCCAGGAAGCUGCUUUGCGUUCCGGUCCUGAUGUUCUUAUUGCCACCCCAGGGAGACUGAUUGACCAUCUGCAUAACUGCCCCUCGUUCAGCCUGGACUGUAUUGAAGUGCUGAUUCUUGAUGAAGCUGACAGGAUGUUGGAUGAGUAUUUUGAGGAACAGAUGAAGGAGAUCAUCAAACUGUGUUCCCAUCAGAGGCAGACCUUGCUGUUUUCCGCUACUAUGUCUGAAGAGGUCCAGGAUCUGGCAUCUGUAUCCCUCCGAAAUCCAGUGCGUAUCUUUGUAAACAGUAACACGGACGUAGCCCCGUUCCUUCGCCAAGAGUUUGUCCGCAUCCGACCAAAUCGUGAGGGUGAUCGGGAAGCCAUUGCUUGUGCACUCCUGACGCGCACAUUCCAGGACCACGUGAUGCUCUUCACCCAGACCAAAAAGCAGGCACAUCGGAUGCACAUCCUGCUUGGUUUGAUGGGAGUACGUGUUGGAGAACUUCAUGGAAAUCUUUCCCAAACACAGAGAUUGGAGGCGCUGAGACGCUUUAAAGAUGAGCAGAUUGAUAUUCUGGUGGCCACAGAUGUGGCUGCUCGUGGUCUGGACAUUCAUGGCGUUAAAACGGUAAUCAACCUUACCAUGCCUGGCACAGUGAAACAUUAUGUACAUAGGGUGGGCCGUACAGCACGUGCUGGAAAAGCGGGACGAUCCGUGUCUCUGGUUGGAGAGGAAGAAAGAAAGAUGCUGAAAGAGAUUGUGAAAAAAGCACAGACUGCAGUGAAGGCGAGAAUUCUUCCUCAAGAUGUUAUUUCCAAGUUUCGGGACAGGAUUACAAAGCUCGAAAAAGAAAUUUAUGCCGUGCUGCAACUAGAAAAAGAGGAAAGGGAGAUGCAGAAAUCUGAGGCGCAGAUCAGUCUUGCCAAGAAAAAACUUGACCCAGAAGAAGGGUCAGAAGGACAGAUGAAGAGAACCUGGUUCCAGACCAAAGAGGAGAGGAAGAAUGAGAAAUUAUCACAUGCCCUCCAGGAGUUUGAUUUUGCUUUAAGAGGGAAGAAAAAACGCAAGAAGUUCUUGGCGGACACAAAGAAAAAAGGAGAGCUUACGCCGGAGGAACGCUCACAGUUCGAGGUGCUGAAAGCUCAGAUGUAUGCUGAGCGUGCAGCCAAAAGAGAUCACAAACCAAAGAGGGCUCGAGCAAUGCCUCCUGACGAAGAUCCUUCAGCCUUGAAGAUGAAAGCCAAGAAGAAGAAGAAACAUACUGUGUUUGAUGAGGAACUUACCAACACAAGCCGCAAAGCUCUGAAGCAGUAUCGUGCUGGGCCUUCAUUUGAAGACCGGAAGCGGCUGGGAAUUCAGCAAAAAAGGAAAGGCAGCAACUUCAAGUCAAAAUCACGGUAUCGUAGGAAGUGAGCCUUGUCUCGGUCGUGUCGUGUGGAUUAACGCUGUGCACCUUACUGUAUCAGUGAGAGGCAUCAGUUUGAAAUGGUGAAUCUGUUCUAUCUGGCUUGUGUUCCAGCUCGGAAUACCUCCCAGAUACGAGGACCCUGGUUUCAGAAGUUCCAUGCUUUCUUGUAUUUUUUUUUAUUUUCCUUUUUCUUUGACUUGCCCAAUACAUUUACAUUUCUAAGAAGACUCUGCUGAACGUGGGCAACAUUUUAGUCUUGUCACCUGAACGACAUGGUUAUGAUUGAUUUACUCCAGAUGGUGCACACUGGUGCAUUUUGGCAUAACGUUGUAAAAUGUAAUAUUUGGGGGGUUUAUUACAUGUACCAGCCUAUGUAGCCAUAAAUGUUUACUUCCUUAUUUCUAAGCAUAAAAAAAAAAAAAAAAUGUCGAGUAAGUGAAAAGUCAGGAAUCAAGUUCCCAUUCUCCUCAAAAGGGUUAUCGGAACACGUUGUUCAGAGUGGCUACUGGAGUUUAUUUGACCUCCCCACUGCUUUAUUCAAAUCACACUAAAUCAGAUGGGGGUUCAAUUUAAAAAUUUUUA